CGACGAGCGAUCGGUGCGGCGGUCACAAUCAGCUGUUAUCAUCUCAGAAGAAUUGGUCAUCCGAGUCAACAUUGCGAGACAUUAGCCGAUGCUCUCAACUUCGAUUCCGGAGAGUGUCUCCUGAUCUUAAGGUUUGCCUGCCAGCAUGCUGGAGACCAUGAAAAUUGGCAACAAAGCCGUGAGUUUCGGCCUGCAAGUUUCCCGUGCGAAACACACAGCUAGUAGUGGUUGGAUCGUCGGCAAUCCCAAACUUGAGGAGAAACUUACCUAUAUCAUGCGGGUGUAUGAAGAAUUCAUCGGCUUGAGAGAAGUGAAAUUAGCUCAAGCAAAAGUCAUAGAAGCUGAGACAAAGUUCAAGCAAGCCCAGGAACGACGAAUGCAACAGCAACAGCAAAUGCUGAAUAUCCAAAAGAGCCUGAGAGAGAUCCACGCUGAACUCGAUAAAACUGCUCGUGGGGAGGACCGAUAUUUGCAAUUAAUAACAAAGGAACACUCACUCCUGAAAGAAGACAGGGCUCUGCUAGCGGAGUUCCGAGCCACCGAGAAACAGGAAUACGACAAUUUUUCUAUGUUAUCGUUCGCUCUCCGCGAGUCCCACGAGAAAGAGCGAGCGCAAGCUGAGAAAACCAAAUAUUGGUCGAUCAUAGGCUCCAUAACGGGAACUCUGAUAGGAGCUCUGGUGAGCACUCUGACGAAUCGAUACAGGAUGCAGCAGCUGAGAGAAAUGAUUUCGACAGCGUCGUCAAAGUCAGCUACAGCCAGCGACUUGAUGGAGCAGAUACGUGACAGUCUGGACAGACGGAAAAAUCCGAGCGAGGACCCGACAGCCGGAGCGGCCUCCGACUCAUCUGCCGCUUCUCUGGAGGAUGCCGUUACCGAGCUGAUAGACAGAACAGCUCAUUUAGAAAAAGUUGUCGAACAAUAUUCCGCAGUCAACAUCGGUCUUCUAUCGACCAUCCUAGUGAUUACCCCCUUGGUGGGCUGGAUGCUUUCCAGAUGAGAUUGCAUUCCGAGGAGAAUAGAUCUAUGAGCUCCAGGAAGACACCGUUAUUGACGUACAUGAAUAAAUUCAAGCCAUUCCCGGCU